GUACAUGAUGGCACUUGAUAAGUACCCAGUGACAACAAAAGCGAUAACAUCUGCGUUUCUGACUCUCAUUGGAGAUUUAAUUUGUCAGCUUUUAAUCGAUCAGGUGUCAAAAUUGGAUUUGAGGCGAACAUUUGUUUUCACUCUUUUGGGACUUGUUUUGGUGGGCCCCACGUUGCAUUUUUGGUACCUGUACCUAAGUAAAUUGGUGACAUUGCCUGGAGCAUCAGGUGCAUUCUUACGCCUUUUGCUUGAUCAGUUUGUAUUCUCUCCCAUCUUCAUUGGAGUUUUCUUAACUUCACUUGUCACCUUAGAGGGAAGGCCUUCUCACAUCAAGCCAAAGCUUCAGCAGGAGUGGUUUUCAUCAGUCGUAGCGAAUUGGCAGUUAUGGAUCCCUUUCCAAUUUCUCAACUUUCGAUUUGUUCCGCAGAAGUUUCAGGUUCUUGCUGCAAAUUUUGUGGCUCUUGCGUGGAAUGUGAUUCUGUCAUUUAAAGCUCACAAAGAAGUUGUGUUGAAAUAGAUAUGAAAGAACAUAUAGGGAUUGGGAUCGAGCAGUGAGGAGGUUAAGAUCCUAGAGGAUAUUUAUUUUUUGAAUAGUUAUUGAUCUUGAUUUAUGUUAAUCAAUCUUAUGAGUCAUUGAUGAACUAUGUUUUAUUUGAAUCAAUAAAAUUAGAAGAUUACUUUUGUUACUA